AUAUGCAAAUAAGGCGGAUCGUCACGUUAGCGGAGGUCGCCGGCAGCGACGGCACUGAUUAAAAAAACAAGGGAGAGGAAAAAAAAAUCAACUUGGGAGUUCGAGAGCAAGCGUUACUCUGGACUGACGGACUGCUCGCUGAGAGCGUCGCGACGCCACUGGGCGAGCCGAUUAAGUUGGAGAUGCUGCGCUGCCUUUCCUAAUUGGCCAGUGAUGCAGAACAUAUUUUUGAUCUUCAGGAACUAAAUUGCAUUCUGGGGAUUUGUUUCUAACAGGGUGGACUGUGGCUUCUCACAGUCCAGGUCUGUGGACAUUGCUGGAGUAGGACUAAUCUCACAAUGGACUUGUUUGAUGAUCCAAUUUUGUAUACCAGAGGCAUGGAGGCUCUUUCAGAUGACAGCUUUGUCCUCUCUGGCUCCUCCUUGCUUGUAGAUGAUCUGAACCUUAAUGCAGAGUUUGAGCCCCUCCAGGUGGAACCUCUGGAUCAUGUGAAGCAGACUGGGAACGUCUCAACAUCUCAGCCUAUCCUUGGCUUUGAGCAGCAUGUCAGUCCAUUUGAGUCCCUCAAGGAGACACACCCCCUAGACCAUGCCUUCUCAAUUGGAGUGGAGAAUGGAAGUGUGCUAACACCACCGUGUUCUCAGCAUGCUCCCUCCCCUUCACACCAGUCAAGUCAGUCAAAUGGCUUGUUUCCAGGUGCCUCAAACAGCAGCCCAAUGUGGGGACAUCACCAUGAGAAUGGAACAGAAUUUCACCAGCAUAGUGGGGUUUCCCAUUCUAUGCAGCAACACAACAAAAGUUUCACAGAGCACCAGAACUUUGGGUUAUUUCAAACUGCUUCAUUGCAGCAGAGCCACCACCCGACCCAUCCUAUGCCACCUACACCAGUUUCUCAGGAGAAUAUAAACCAGUCCAAAUUGUUCAUGGAUGUAAACAGCACAUCUUCUAUGACAAAUGUUCACCGGACAGGAACGAUGAGCAGCCAUCUUGGUUCUCAUCAUUCUGCCACUUCUCACCAGCUUUGUAACCUGGCCUCAAAUUUACAGCUGCCUUACCAGAGACCAUCUUCAACUCUCUCCCUGCCUUCCUGCUCAGUGAAUCAGAAUUCCCAUUUUCAGAAUUCGCCUUCCAGCUACACUUAUUCCGGUAAUACAUGUGUGAACAAUGAGAAGGUGCUGUCUACAGGUUCAUUUUCCAACACAGUGCAGGCUCCAGUUUCAGAUUUCCUAGAGGAGUCCGACUCCUUUCUUUUACUGGCAGGAGCCAGACAGGGACCUGCAGAACAACACCAGCAGGUGACACAAAAUCCUGUGUGUGAAAAUUCUUUUCAUGCAAAAAAUACUCAGGGAGGUUUUGCCAGAACAAGAAAUCCUACUGAAGAGUUGAGCUGCUUUCAAACAGCAUUGCGACGCUCCUCUGAGCAGUUUGGCAGUUCGCAACCGACAUCGGACCCUGCACCAAACAGUGGCUUUUCUGAACUGGAAGAGAACUUACUUCAGCAAAUGGAUACUCCGUCUAUGCCUUUUGGAGACCUUGAUCCAGAUGAUCUUCUUGAGGGGAGCUUGCUGCCUCAGUUUGAAACCACUUUUGGACAUGAAAACCCCUGCGCUUCUAUGGAAUCCCAUCCAUGUGACAACGCCUGGCCAGAUGUUAAUGACUCGGCACCUUGUUUCAAGCAACAGCCUCCUACCUCUAAAAACACUAAUGACUCUGGUAUGCCGGCUAAGCCGUACAGUGCCAAGGUGAAGAGCAACACCUCUACAAUGUCAGAAAAAAAGCAGAAGAAAAAGGUAUCAAUGGAAGUACUGGUGGAAGAUAAACAAGAAAAAGCGAACCGCAUAAUAUCAGAGGCAAUUGCCAAGGCCCGGGAACGUGGUGAGAAGAACAUUCCUAGGGUCAUGAGUCCUGAGAGUUUCCCUACCUCCUCCACUGAGGUCUGCCAAGAAAGGAAGGUUCGAAAGCUCAAAAACAAACCUAAGGAAAAAUUGUUAAAGAAGAGCAAAGGUGGUCCAUCCUCUAAAGCAAAGCAAAAGUCAAAGAUUGGGAAAAUUGUUAUUAAAUUUGGUAAGAAGAAGAAGCGGAAAAAUGAGUCUUCAGAUGAAGUGUCUGAUACAGAACCAAUAUCCCACCGCUCUGCCAAGGAUGAGGAUGUGACAAGGAGAUCAAACCGUCAAGUCAAAAGGAAAAAAUAUGCAGAAGAUGGAGAAUCCAAGAUUUCUGAUGAUGAGGUAAAGGUUUCAAAUAAAACCAAAAAGCUGACAGCAACAACAACAACAACAACACCGUCUUCCAGAACUGAACAGCCACUGCAGCUCUUUGUGGAAAAUCCAAGUGAAGAAGAUGCAGCAGUUGUUGAUAAAAUCAUGUCUUCAAGAAUUGUUAAAAAAGAGGUGUCUCCUGGAGUGAUGGCAGAGAUUGAAGAGUUUUAUGUCAAAUACAAAAACUACUCCUACCUGCACUGUGAAUGGGCCACUGAGGAGCAACUUCUGAAAGACAAGAGGAUCCAACAAAAAAUAAAGCGCUUCAAGAUGAAGCAGGCACAAAGGGCUCACUUCUUUGCAGAUAUGGAGGAGGACCCGUUCAAUCCAGAUUACACUGAAGUGGAUCGUGUGCUAGAGGUCUCAUAUUGUGAAGACAGUGACACAGGAGAGCCCAUAAUUUAUUAUUUAGUGAAGUGGUGCUCUUUGCCUUAUGAAGAUAGCACAUGGGAGCUCAAGGAGGAUGUAGACCAGAGCAAAAUUGAGGAAUUUGAACUUUUGCAAACAGCUCAACCAGACACAAGGAGGAUAGAGCGGCCCCCAGCCAAUAUGUGGAAGAAAAUUGAGCGAUCCAGAGAAUAUCGGAAUAGCAAUCGACUCAGGGACUACCAGCUGGAAGGAGUAAAUUGGCUUCUCUUUAACUGGUACAACAGGCAAAACUGUAUUCUUGCUGAUGAAAUGGGUCUUGGAAAAACUAUUCAGUCCAUCACAUUCCUUGAAGAAAUUUAUCUAACUGGUGUCCGGGGGCCCUUUCUCAUCAUCGCUCCGCUUUCUACUAUUGCCAACUGGGAACGAGAAUUUCGCACGUGGACUGACCUGAAUGUUAUUGUAUAUCAUGGCAGCAUGGUCAGUCGGCAAAUGCUUCAGCAGUAUGAAAUGUACUUCAGGGAUUCACAGGGCCGCAUUAUCCGUGGAGCCUACAAAUUCCAAGCCAUCAUCACCACAUUCGAGAUGAUUCUAGGUGGCUGUCCAGAAUUAAAUGCCAUUGAAUGGCGCUGUGUCAUCAUUGAUGAAGCACAUCGGCUCAAAAACAAAAACUGCAAACUACUGGAGGGAUUCAAGCUCAUGAACCUGGAACACAAGGUGCUGUUAACUGGGACUCCAUUGCAAAAUACUGUGGAAGAGCUCUUCAGUCUCCUGCACUUCCUUGAGCCAGUCCGUUUUCCUUCAGAGUCAACAUUCAUGCAAGAGUUUGGGGACCUGAAGACAGAAGAGCAGGUUCAGAAGCUACAGGCCAUCCUAAAGCCAAUGAUGCUCCGGCGCUUGAAAGAAGAUGUAGAAAAGAAGCUUGCACCUAAGGAGGAGACCAUUAUUGAGGUUGAACUGACCAACAUUCAGAAGAAAUAUUAUCGGGCAAUCUUGGAGAAAAACUUUUCCUUCCUGACUAAAGGGGCUGGUCAAGCUAAUGUGCCCAAUCUUGUCAACACUAUGAUGGAGUUGCGCAAAUGUUGUAAUCACCCAUACCUUAUAAAGGGUGCUGAAGAGAAGAUUUUGGAAGAGUUCAAAGAUACAUACAGUCCUGCCUCCACUGACUUUCAUCUGCAGGCAAUGAUCCAGUCUGCUGGAAAAUUAGUUCUCAUUGACAAGCUGCUUCCCAAGAUGAAGGAUGGGGGCCACAAAGUACUGAUUUUUUCCCAAAUGGUUCGAUGCUUGGAUAUACUUGAGGACUAUCUCAUACAAAGAAGGUACCUCUAUGAGCGGAUUGAUGGUAGAGUGAGAGGAAACCUACGCCAAGCUGCUAUUGACCGCUUUAGCAAACCUGACUCUGACCGCUUUGUGUUCCUACUCUGCACCAGAGCUGGAGGCCUGGGUAUCAACUUAACUGCUGCUGACACAUGCAUUAUUUUUGAUUCUGACUGGAACCCCCAGAAUGAUCUACAGGCUCAAGCAAGGUGUCACCGAAUUGGCCAGAACAAAGCUGUGAAAGUGUACAGGCUAAUAACCCGGAAUUCCUAUGAGAGAGAGAUGUUUGACCGAGCAAGUCUUAAAUUAGGACUGGACAAAGCAGUGCUGCAGAGCAUGAGUGGUAGAGAAAACAGUGUUGGAGGCCAGAUCCAGCAGCUAUCCAAGAAAGAAAUUGAAGACUUGCUGCGAAGAGGGGCCUAUGGUGCAAUAAUGGAUGAAGAGGAUGAGGGUUCAAAGUUUUGUGAGGAAGACAUUGAUCAGAUCCUUCAACGGCGAACUAAAACCAUUACAAUUGAGUCAGAAGGAAGGGGUUCAACUUUUGCAAAAGCAAGUUUUGUGGCAUCUGGAAACAGAACUGAUAUUGCCCUAGAUGAUCCAAAUUUCUGGGAUAAGUGGGCUAAGAAAGCAGAGAUAGAUAUGGAUGCUAUCAAUGGUAGAAACAGUUUAGUGAUUGACACACCAAGGGUGAGGAAGCAGACACGUCCCUUCAGUGCAACAAAAGAUGAAUUGGCUGAACUGUCUGAAGCAGAGAGUGAAGGGGAUGACAAGCCAAAGCUUCGUAGGCCAUAUGACCGCCUUAAUGGAUACGGCAGGACAGAGUGCUUCAGGGUGGAGAAGAACUUGUUGGUCUAUGGGUGGGGGCGCUGGAAAGAUAUCCUGGUGCAUGGCCGCUUCAAGAGGCAACUAAACGAGCAUGAUGUGGAAAUUAUUUGCCGGGCCCUGCUAUCUUACUGCUUAGUUCAUUACAGGGGCGAUGAAAAGAUUAAGAGCUUUAUGUGGGAUCUCAUUGCUCCUACAGAAGAUGGUCAGACCAAGGAACUUCAGAAUCAUCUUGGUCUUUCUGCACCAGUUCCCAGAGGUCGUAAAGGGAAGAAAGUCAAAAACCAACCAAGCACGUUCGACAUCCAGAAAGCUGAAUGGCUGCGUAAGCACAAUCCUGAGCAUCUGUUACAAGAUGACGGCUACAAGAAGCAUCUGAAGCACCACUGUAACAAGGUGCUUCUCAGGGUGAGAAUGCUGUACUAUCUGAGGCAGGAGGUCAUUGGAGAUCAGUACCAGAAGGUCAUUGAUGGUGUUGAUCACAGUGAGACUGAAGUUUGGAUUCCAGAGCUUGAUCACUCGGAGCUUCCUGCAAAAUGGUGGGAUAAAGAUGCAGACAAGUGUCUUCUGUUAGGUGUCUUUAAGCAUGGAUAUGAAAAGUACAACACCAUUCGUGCAGAUCCUGCUCUCAGCUUCUUGGAAAGAGUUGGCAAACCAGACGAGAAGGCAAUUGCAGCAGAACAGAGGGCCUGUGACUUUAUGGAUGGAGAUGUUGAUGAUCCUGAAUACAAGCCAGCCCCAGCGCUAUUAAAAGAUGACAUUGAGGAUGAUGCAUCCUCACCAGGGGACCUAGUAAUUGCAGACAGCAAUGGAGAUGCACACAUCAUGGAAGGAGAUGCAAUGUAUUGGCCCCCUUCUUCUGCCUUAACCACACGCCUCCGCCGCCUUAUUACCACCUAUCAGCGAAAUACAAAAAAUAGGCAGAUUCAGCAAAUUCAGCAAGUCUACUUGGCACAGCAGUGCCUCCAAACACCUGUCUGUGAGGAGACCAUUACACCCAAGAUGGCAGCCAAAAUCGAAAGACAGCAAAGGUGGACUAGAAGAGAAGAAGCAGAUUUCUACCGUGUGGUAUCCACCUUUGGUGUGGUGUUUGAUCCAGAAGCUAGCAGGUUUGAUUGGACUAAAUUCAGAGCCAUGGCACGGCUUCACAAGAAGACAGAUGAAAGUCUUCAGAAAUACUUGUGUGCAUUUACAGCAAUGUGUCGACGGGUCUGUCGUCUGCCUCCCAAGGAAGGAGAAGUUGCGGACCCAUCGAUUUCUAUUCAGCCCAUUACAGAAGAGCGUGCCUCACGAACACUCUACAGAAUAGAGCUCUUGCGGAAAAUCCGUGAACAGGUUUUACGGCAUCCUUUACUGUUUGAGAGGCUGAAACUGUGCCAACCAAGUCCGGACCUUCCUGUCUGGUGGGAACCUGGAAGCCAUGAUCGUGACCUUCUGAUUGGUGCAGCAAAGCAUGGAGUGAGCCGCACAGAUUAUCACAUUUUGAGGGAUCCUGAACUUUGCUUCAUGGCAGCUCAAAGCAACUAUAGUCAGAACAAGGGAGCUCAGUCUCGGACUUCCACACCCCUUUUACAACAGCAGCAUCAGAUGACUUUACUGUGCUCACCACUUACCCCACAGCCAAGGACAACAGAUACAAAAGGCACUCAGGCAGAGGACUUGCAGUCUAGAAAUGAAGGGGUUAGCCAAGACAGAGAUUCUUCAGCCACAUCUGAGGAGGAUGAUGGUUCCAUUACAACAGCAGAGUCAAAAAUUGCAGCAAAGGUCUGGAUUCCUUCAGGGGAUUCACUUCAAAUAGGAGUAAAGAGCGGUAAUGACCGGAGAAUGGUGGCUGCAAGGACCAAGCCUCUGACCCCCAAUUCAGUGGCUAAGAAACAACACCGCAAGAGAGGCUGCAGUGGCAGUUCAGGGUCUGACUCUGACUCAGAUGCUUCCUCCUCCUGUUCAUCUCGGUCAUCAUCUUCUUCCUCCUCCUCGUCUUCCUCAUGCUCCCACUCUGGGUCAAGCUCUUCUUCCUCCUCCUCAUCUUGCUCCUCAGGUUCCUCUUCGUCUUCCUCCUCCUCAUCUUCCUCCUCUGAAGACAGUGACAGUGAAGCAGAGGAGAGAAAUAAGAAUGCAGAAGCUAUGCCAAGAAUGAAAGGUUUUGAUGAAGACAGUGUUGCAUCACUCAGCACGACGCAGGACGAGACACAGGACAGCUUUGUCAUGGACAAUGGAAUACCAAACUCCUCUCCCAUGUUUCACGGGGGUUACAUGCUAGCAGCGUCGUUCUGGCCAAAGGAUCGUGUCAUGAUCAACCGUUUGGACAGCAUUUGCCAGGCAAUCCUCAAAGGGAAAUGGCCAACUGUGCGAAGGACAUAUGAUUGCAACGCAGUAGCAUCCUUCUACACUACCAAGCUGCUGGACAGCCCCACUGCAGCUGCUAACUUAAGCGACUCCAGAGUCAGCACACCUCCACUGCCAGGCCUCAGAGAAGACCCGUCAGUGUCGCCUCAGAUGUUAAAGGUGAAGAAGCAUGUACAACAAGAAAAGGAGUUUACAGUGAAAAUCAAUGACCAGGAAGGUGGGCUGAAACUGACUUUCCAGAAACAGGGCCUUCCCCAAAAGCGACCCUUUGAAACUGAUGAUAUUCCAAUGGGCCAGCAACAGUAUUUGGCUCGUCUGCGUGAACUGCAAAGUGCCUCAGAUGCCAGUUUGGCUGAUUUCACCAAGCCAUUGGCUUCCCCAGGUGCCUCUGGUCAAUUGAGACCAAAUGGAGUUCUUGAACCACCUAUGGCAAAGAGGAGAAGAGGCAGAAGGAAGAAUGUAGAAGGAAUUGACUUGCUCUUUCUAAAUAAGAACAAGGCUUCUUUAAACAAUGUUGAAAGUACUCUUCAAGUUAGUCCCAGCAUGUUAUACUGCCAGGGCCAGGGGACACUAGAUAUGGAGAGCCGAAUCCCGGUCAUCAAUUUAAAAGAUGGAACACGACUUGCUGGAGAUGACGCACCAAAGAGAAAAGAUCUAGAUCAGUGGCUGAAAGGUCACCCAGGAUAUGUAGCCGAUGUUGGGGCUUUCAUCCCUGGUGUGAGUAAAAUGCCUUUUCAAGAUGGGCAACCCAAACAGAAAAGGCAUCGUUGUAGAAAUCCAAAUAAAAUUGAUGUGAACAGCCUGACUGGAGAUGAACGUGUUCAGGUCAUCAACAGGAGAAAUGCGAGAAAGGUUGGUGGUGCUUUUGCACCACCUCUCAAAGACAUCUGUCGAUUUCUUCAAGAGAAUCCAGAAUAUGGAAUCCCACCAGAAUGGGCUGAUGUUGUAAAAAACUCUGGUUUCCUUCCAGAAAGCAUGUUUGAUCGCAUUCUUACAGGACCUGUGGUUCGGGAGGAGGUGAGCAGACGUGGACGGCGGCCCAAGAGUGAAAUUGCCAAGGCAGCAGCUGCAGCCUCAGCAGCAAAUACCCCCAUUCUUGGUGUUAAUCCUCUUCUUGCUAAUGGCCUGCUUCCUGGUAUGGACUUGUCUAGUCUUCAGGCUCUUCAACAAAAUCUGCAGAGUCUACAGUCAUUGCAACUGACAGCAGGGCUCAUGGGAUUACCAGCUGGUCUUGCCUCGGGGGAUGCCAAUAAUCUGGCCACCAUGUUUCCCAUGAUGCUGUCUGGCAUGGCAGGACUGCCUAACCUUUUGGGUUUAGGUAGUCUCUUGACUAAAUCUUCUGAAACAGUGACCUCUGAGGAUACAAAGGGAAAUGGAGCCAAUGAGUCUUCAAAGCUAUCAUCAGAUAUGAAAAUUGAAAGGACAGAAGGUCAGUCAGCAGAACCUUGCUCAGGAGAGCCUUCUGCCUCAAACUCUCCAUCAACCUCAAUGUCUACUUCAUUAAAUGCUUCUGCUGUGGCUGCUGCAGCAGUGACUGGAUCUCACUCAUUAGCUCUUAAUCCCUUAUUGAUAUCUAGUAUGCUAUAUCCAGGGAUGCUCCUCACUCCAGGCCUUAAUCUUCCUAUUCCAGCAUUAUCUCAGUCCAAUCUCUUUGAUGUGCAAAAAAGUGCAAACAGUAACUCGACCCCAGCGAGUGUCUCCGAGGAGACAGUAGAAGAAGUGAAACGGGAACAUCGGGCAGAGCAGGCAGAGACUGUUAUACCUACCCCUGACAUCUGUGCAGAUGACGGUUCAGACAAAGAUGUAUCUUCAUCAGAGUCCCAGAGCUCCUCCUCCUCUUCCUCAGACGAUUCAGAUUCUAGUGAUUCUGACUGAAUAUAUAUAUAUAUAUAUAUAUAUAUAUAUAUAUAUAUAUAUAUAUAUAUAUAUUAGU